AUGAAUAAUUAUUUUAGAGAAACAAUCUUAUUAAAGAAGAAGAAUAGUUCUUCCGCAGAUACCGAAGAUUUUUUUAGAUAUGCCAAUCCUAAAUAAAUACAGCCAACUUAAGUAACUGAUUAGAAUCAAUGGACUAUCUAAUAAUGUGAUUCAGAGAUUUUGUCAGACAUUGAAACUCCAGCUAAAUCUAGAAUGGCUGAUUCGAUUAUAAAAGAAUUUGAAUUGGAAAAUAGUGGAAAUGUAGAAUCAAAUAAAAAACAGUUGAGACCAAAUAUUGAUGUCAUUAAUGAAGCAUUGUCAUCAAAAUAUAGAUUGAAAGGAGAAAAUGAAACUCUCUUGUUUAUUAUAAUAGGCACUUAUAUCAUAAAUAUUUGUCUUCAUUUAGAACAUAUGCUUUCAUCUAGAUAUAAUGAUUAUAAAAAGUAUAUAGGACUUUUCAUAGAUUUUUUUACAAGUCUUUAUUAUAUAUAUGAUAGUUAUUACAAGUAAAUAAAUAUUUUUAAUUUUAUUUAGAGUUAAGAGGAUGGAAAAUGAAUUUCAUAUUAAUAUAAUUUUACAUUUGCUAAGUGGUCCAGUUUAAUUAUUUUUAAACAUAGCAUAUUUUAUAUAAUUUAAUUAAUUUUGCUGGUUUUCAAUAAUAUUAAAAUCAUUAAAAUUAUUUGCAACUAAUUUUUAAAAGUAAAAUUUAUCUGAUGUUUAUAAUACUUUUGUAAAUAGUUUGCCUUUAAUAUUUACAUCAUUAGUAAUAUAUUUUGUAUUUACAUAUUUAUGUACAAUUCUUUAUUGUGAUGUGAAUAAAGAAUAUUUUAAAAAUUUGGGAGUAAGUGCUUUUACUUUGUUAUAAAUAUUAACAAUAGAUGGAUGGGGAGAUAUUACUAAACAAUUAUUACCAAAAACUGGUCUUUCAGUAAUAAUUUUGAUAUUUUCAUUUAUAACAAUUUUGGCAAUGUUUUUUUGGUUUCUAAUUUAAGCAUUUUAAAUAGAUGUAAUGAUUUUGGAUGAGUUAGUUAAAUAAGGAAAAGUAGAUAUAGAUGAAAAUUCGAUAUCUCAUAGAUCAGUAAAAUUAUUACCUUUGAAAUAUUAUUCAAUUAUUUUUGGAAAAUAAUAAUCAAGAAUAGUAUUAUUAGUAUGGAUAUGUCAAUUAAUAUAUGCAAAUAUGUAGAAUAAAUUAAAUAAUAUUAAUGAUUUUCAUUAUAUAUGCUUUUAUAUAUUUGUUUCAUUAAUUUAUACUUUGCAUUGGAUUGCAGUAAUAUUAUUGAAAGAUGUAGAAGCAUUUAAUUCAUAUUAUUCAAAUAUUUAAUUAGCCUUUCAUGUACUUUCAGGGCCUCUUGCUUUUUGUUAUUCACUAUUUGAAGUAAUAACUAUUCAAUAAGUUAAAUAUAGUCCAAUCCUUAUAAUGUUAAAAAUCUUAACAAAUCCUAGUAUCAGAGAUAUUAGUUAUAUUGCUAUAAGAGUUAUAUCCUCUUCUCUUUCUCCAUAUAUUCUAAUGCUUAUAUUAACAUUGAUGAUAAUGGGAAUAAUUAAAUCUUCCUAUAAUUAAUUUGAAUCAGUUGAUUUAUUAGAUACACUCCUUAUUUAUUUGUAAACUCUUACUUUAGAUGAUUGGGAUGGUAGUUUGUCUAAAGGAUUUGUUUAAAAAGGACAUUAUUUUGCUGCCUUUAUUAUUAUGCUAUAUAUUUUAGUGUGUUAGUUUUUACUCAUUCCUGCUUUUAUGGCUUAGGCUUGUGAAAUAUUUUAAGUAUUAAUCACAUUUAUUAAACUAGUAAAUUUUAGGAGUCUCAUUCAAACCAAGAUUAAAUUAAGAUGGUGAUUUAAAUUUAUAUCAAUAUAUUGAUACAAAUUUAGAAACUAUAGUUAAACGUUAAUCUCCAAGAGUUAUAAGAAUUAAUUAAUCUAAAAAUCUUAUUUAUCUAUUUCUUAAAUAUUAAAAGGCUCUUUUUUCUUAUGAAAAUAAAACACAUCCAAAAUUAUUAAUAUCACUCUAUGGAUAUCUUACUAAUAUUGGAAAUCUACAUUUCCCUAAAUUCACUAAUUUAACUUCACCUGAAAAAAAAUUGAUUUCAGCUAAGAAAUCAUCAAAAUUGCUUCUAGAAUUUAAAAACUAAUAAAUUGAAAUAGAUUCAUAUCAAAUUUAAUUUGUAUAUUUACCUUGA